CACACACACACACACACACACACACACACACACACACACACAUAUAUAUAUAGUAAUAAUUUUACUAGAAAAUUAUAUACGUAAUUAUUAGAACGUUUUAAUACAUUGUCAUGCACCAAGGUAACCGUGGUAACUAACGAUGUAAAUACAGUAGAAUAUUAUUGUCUCAUAAAAUCAUUCGUAUAUUUCAUAGAUCACAAAGAAAAUACUAAUUAUUUAAUAAAAGUUAAUGAACCUUUAGGGGAAACAAUGAAUGAAGAUCGAUAUUUACGAGAGAAAAAUAAUUAACGAUGGAAAAUAAUUGCGAAGUUAAUUGAUAUGGUAUGCUAAUUUGCACAAAGAAAGUAAAUGCGGGAGAAGAUCGAGAAAGAUUUACGAAGAAGAAAAAGAAGAAAGAAGAGGAGAAGAAGACGAAGAAGAAGAAGGGGAAUCAACUACCUCGAAUGUCAAGGAAGGAGAAAUUAAUCGAAACGUUAUAUGUAUAUACAUAGGAAUAGCCAACAUCAAGGAAACGCAUGGAUACUAAUUACAGAGCGAAUAUCGCCAAGUGGCUACCCUUUCCUGGAGUUGCCCUCGAGAACUGGUUGGCAGACUCUUCCGUGUUAAACGAGAGGAUGAGCAAACUCGCGGAACAUAUAGCCUUAAUAAUCGAGGAUGUUGCGAAAGCACAAGCUUGUGAUUUCGAGAUAUUCGAGGAGAUCAUCGAUAAUCUCGAAGACAUAACGAAAAGUUAUAAAUCAUUGUUCAAUGAAAUGACGGAAAUAACGCAUCCAAUUUACAAAUACAAAGUGCAAUACUUUUCUAUGAUAUUGAAAAGAAAACAUAAUGUCGUCGCUAAAUUCACUCGAAAUCUCAUAAGCGAGAUCGUUGAUUCCAAAACCGACGAGAUAUUACGUAUCAUCUUUAAAAUGAUUAAUGCAUAUAACAAAAUGCUCGAUUUGGAUCAUGAUAUCUUGGAUACGUCCGUUAAUGUCUUUUGCAAUGAUUGUCCAUCUUUGUUAGAACCUUUGAAGAAAUUUUCCGUAACUCGAAUAUUACAAAUAUUGGCGAAAAAUCGUGCCGAGGAAACGUGUCAUGAAUUAAUCGAUUGUCUAUUAGCAAAUUAUGAAUCACACACGAAAGAGGACGUUACAUCAGCAUCCAAUGACGUUGACCUUUCCGAGAAUUCUAGCAUCGAGAUUUAUCGAGCUCUCACGAGACACUUGACGCCACCAAUCGUUAGCGAUGCCUCAACAUUUCAACAAACACAACCAUCGAAUCUCGAGAGUAUUCAAGCACUUGUGAAUACUCAGAAUGAACAAGUUCUAAGACUUCUUAGCAUUGUCCAAGAUAUUUCACCACAGUUACUUGGUUCCGACGCUUUGAAGAUUAUUGAUGGAGAAAAGAGACUAAAAGGUAGCGCGAUAAGAAAGGUAAAAAAUUAUUAUCAGGAAGUAGCUUGGGCAGCUCUUUCGGGGAUGUUAGAUCAUGUUGUUCUAUGGUGGUCACCGGAAGCUCUGGCUUCUCAUCAUAAUCAUGGAGCGGAACACUUGAAAAACUGGUUGAGACAAUUCAUUCAAAAAAAUGCGGUUCCGCCGACAGUUAAACCUGCUUUACAAAAUUUAUGCGAUGCUCUCGGUUAUCACGUUACUAUCACAUCUUGGGACCAAUUAUUUCGAAUAGCGUAUACGUCUGCCUUCAAAUGCCAAUCGAGACCUUCUACUACUGAGGGCACGGACACGGGUCAAAUGUUCAGCGAGCUUUUCCAAUUACUGGUAACGCUGAGCAACGAGUGCGAGGUCGGAGGUGAAUGGGUGAUCGGCGCGCCGUUAAUGGAAUUGCCGAUUUCAGAACAGAUCGUCGUUCUUCACAGGCUCGAUCACUCGGUCCACACUGCUAGGCUCUGGGUCAUGCAGGAAUCCAAGAUGAUUGCUCACACUUGGAACCUGGAUGUUUUAUUUCUAAUGGUCAAGGGCGACGUGGUCAAUUGUCUCGAGGAACUAUCUUAUCUCAAGCUCGCCGAUCAUUCGAGUGCACUUUCGGAGGAUUCCGUUAGCGUACAAGUGCUCGUUUGCGUCAAGAUGAGAGCUAAAAUCGUUUCCGAGGUGAACGCCAACGUACAGUUGUUGCAGGAUGCACCGGUAAAGUGCAUAGACAUACUCGCCAAGAUCUGUCGCGUGAUCAGCCUUGCGAAUUUACACAUGUGUUUCCCACGAUCAAAUUAUUGGAGAAAGAGCAGCGACGUGGCACCUGCGGCAGCAAGUUCCUACGUUGAAACUUAUUUCGAGAAGAUUUUAUUACCGGUUCUCGAGGUUAUAGAGGAUCCUGAUAUUUCAAAUAUGAUAUUGAAAAUAAUGUGCGAAGCCUGGCUCGAUUAUAUUUAUUUGCAUCGUAUCAAAUUCAGCGAGUACGGAGCUCUUCAGUUACUCACCGACUUUGCCUACGUUUCCACGUGGGUAACAGCGUGCUCAAUAAUGUCGCAGAAUGUGAGAAAUCAUUUGUUGAAGAACGAAAUGUUACGCCGUUGCGAGGGCGUCGGUCGACUUCUUCUUAGACAUCCAGGAGAAGCGAUUCCUAUGCAGAAACGACUUGCUCGUAGGACAAAUGAUAGCGGAUCACCGGAAUCACCCGGUCUCGAGCGGAUGCCAGCGGAAAUGUAUGUCCCGAAUCAGGAACAAUGGCUCGAACUUCGAGCACCGAAGCGAUACAACUUUUGCUGUACGGAAUAAGUGGAAUAAAUUCAACGCAAUCGACUUUCUUCUUAUCUUUUUCUCUCUCUCUCUCUCUCUCUCUCUCUCUCUCUCUCGUCUUUCCAUCUUGUUUUUUUCUUUUACUCGGAAAGAAACGCUUUCAUUUAAUCGUUUUAACUUCUCGAAUAAUUCUUUUCGAGAGUUAUAAGGAUCAUCUCUAAUCGAUCUAUCAGCUUGAGAUGAAACUAACGAUGGAUUUUAUCAGAAAACCAGAUGGAUUUUAUAUUAUCAUCGUACAAUUCGUAAUUUUUACUUACUUACAUUCCCUUUGAAGCCAACCAAACGACAGAAGCCUUUUCGUGUAUGGCCUCUUCGUGUAUCGUCUUACUCUUCGUGUUGAAGAGUGAAACGUUCUUACUCGACGAUCGUCGACCUUUGUUCCGUGUCAUGUAUGUAUAUAUUCUGUUUAAACUUCUAUGUUGUUGUUGGUUUUUUUUUUCUUACGUUGUCCUAUAUUUUGAUCGUUGUAUGUUUCAAGAUCAAUGUGAACGUAAUAUCGUACAACAAAUAAGAUAAUUAUCUGGAAAAAAAUAUGCGUAUUUAUAAUAUUGUUAUUAUGAAAAAACGAAGAGUUUAAUUGAUCUCAAUAAUAAAAACGUUUAAUUAUUGUAUCGAUAAUAUUUUGCACAACAUUUAAGUAUUUACGUUUUAAUUAAUACUCAUGCUCAUCAAUGGAUUCUUAGAUUAUGCGAUAUUUAAAAAUUAAUUAAGAUUUAAUUGUACAAAUAUUUCUUAACUAUUUAUUACAUCUUGAUAAAUA